CUAGUCUUGGAAAUACUGAGAGUGGUUCUUGCCUGCUGCACUCUGGUUAGUAAUUUAUAGUGGCAAAGGGAGUGGUUAGAAGAGACGUAGUCAAGGUCUUGAAGCAGUCAAGGAGAGCUAGUGAUGAUGACAUAUAACAAUGAUUUGGUCAUACUGAUUCCCAUGUGAUGAUUCUUCAUGCGUUCUUCAUGCAGAAGACUGCAUAUGGGAUGGUCCAUAAAACCAAAAAUAUAUUGGAAUUAUUAGCAAUGUUGAGAUAUCUUCACCAUCGAAGAGUUUUUAUUUAUUUUUCCACCAUUUGACACAUUUUUAAAAAUAAAAUAAAAUAAAAAUCACACCAUGAUUAUAAAUAAAUCAUCUUUAUCCUGUCCACUUUUACAUUUUCCAUAAUCAUAUCUCCUUUUCUCACAAGUCAUACUGUCAAAUCAGUGUUGUGAUGCGGUGUAGGAUACCAAGUAUAGUGGUGCAGGUUAAGAGUAUUAUAUUCUUAUGCGGACAUUUGUCUUGUCUGAAGCGUGCUGCUGUAUACACCUGUCUUAAGUACUACUAUCAUCUUCUGCUCCACUCUUCCAUCAUUUCAUUACUUUUUACCCUCUCUGGUCUUUCUUCUCUGCAGAAGAAAUUUUUAGGGAUUUCAAAAAAAACCCAAAAAUGGGAAAAACCAGUCAAAAGAUUCAAAAGCCACUUUUAGAUUUCCGCUCAAUCAAAGAUGAUGCUUGGUACACAGUAGAUAGACUUGUUCUAAGCAAGCAAAACACCCUUCUAACUGUGAAAUUCUCUGGGUUUGGUGAAGAAGAUGAUGAGAAGUUCAAUGUCAAGGAUUUCAAAACAGUGAAUGAGUUGGAUCAGUUUUUGAACAGGUUCCGUCCAGCUUGUCUUCAGGUACAGGAUGGAGAGUGUUAUGAUUUGAGACGUGGAUCGGAUGUCUGUGCUGUACUUGAAGAAGGUGAAGAUGAUCACAAGUUCUACAAUGGUGUUAUUGAAUCGAUCGAACGUGAACCUCACACACGCAAAGGAGGAGAAGAGCGUUGUUCCUGUAUAUUUGUGGUGGGUUGGCUAGAAGGUCCAAAUGCAAGGUGUACUGAACAGAUGGGGAUUAAACGUAUUUGCAGACUUCAACCAGGAUCCCCAUUAUUUGAUUACUCGCUCGAAUGUUUCAUGAAGAGGUCACGAGAACAUCUUGAUUCGCUUUUGAAAUGAUAAGGUAACAAAUGGCUUUUGGGUUAUUUUGUUUUGGUCAGCAGUAAAUUACAAGUAGUAUGGGGUAAGAAACUAGGAAAGUUAGCCUUGGUGGAAUCGUAUCUCUACCUUUGUAAAUAUUGAUAUCCACUAGCUCGUCUCGGUUUUAUUAAUUUGGUAAUGGUUCUUGUUAAGUUGAAA